CGUUGAAGUAUUCCAAAGUAGUUGAAAAUGAAUAGUUCGUUUUUGAAUGAAUUAUAAUUAAAUAAUUGUAAUUUCUGUUAAUUCUUAUUUACUUGUAGCAAAGGCUGUAAAUAUACAAGAUGUCCAAAUGGCAAUCAGAACGCAGUAUCCAUGAAAUGCUGAAGGACACUCCUCCAAUAAGGGAGUCCAGUGACUCCAUCACAUCUGGAACAGAACCCAAGUUUCCUACUUCAAGAUCUAUGCCUUUUCCACCUGCAUAUGUACCACCAGAAGUGUCACAUAAUGGUUCUGCAGGCACUAGUACACUACUCCGAACUGGAUCAACCAAGCUGGAGUCCAUACGUAAUUGGGGAGUCUCCACCUACAAGUGUACCAAACAAUUGUUGUAUGAGAAACUUGGAAAAAGUUCAAGAACUGUUGAUACAGAGCUGGAGGCCCAGAUUGAGAUGGUCCGUGAAACGCAACGCAAGUACAGUGCAGUUCUACGUUUGAGCUCAUCUCUGGCAGGGCAGCUUGCUCUCGCUUUUGACACUCAACGUGCGCUGGGUGAAGCAUUUGCUGACCUCGCACAGAAAUCACCGGAACUGCAGAACCAAUUUCUCUACAAUGCAGAUACUCAACGUUCAUUGACCCGCAACGGUGAAGUAUUGCUGGCUGCAUUACAUUUCUUCAAUAAUUCCUUGAACACUCUCACCAAUAAAACUAUUGAGGAUACAUUAUUGACAAUAAGACAGUAUGAAUCGGCAAGGGUGGAGUACGACGCGUACCGCAGCGAGCUGGAGGCGGCGGGAGGCGGUGCGGGCGGUGCGGGGGGGCCGGGCGGCGCGGGGGAGGCGGCCGUGCGCGCGCACCGUCAGCUGUACGAGCGGCUGCGCUCCGACUGCGCCGUCAAGCUGCAGCUGCUGCACGACAACAGGGUGAAAGUAAUGAACAAGCAGCUGCUGCUGUUCCACAACGCCGUGUCCGCGUACUUCAGCGGGAACAACGUUGCACUGGAGGCGGCCGUGCGGCACUUCAACAUCCGCGCGCCCGCCGCGCCCCCACCCGGCUCCCCGCCUGGCCCCCUGGCGCCCGCCGCGCCCCCUCCGCCCGGCCCCCCGCAUCCCCCCGACCACGCCGCAUAGCUCCUGCCAAUGUAUUAGUAUCCCGCAACUCAAUAACACUUUACUGAUGGUGAAAGUGCUUCAACCUGAAAACACCGAUAUUGGAUUUCCACAUGUUGCAAGAUGACCAAUCCAAGAGCCACAUGACUCAGCAUGGAUAACGCUGCGGUGCCUAUCUCUAUUCUCACAGUCUCACACGGCUCUUAUUGAACUAGGACUGAAGACAAAAAAAUCACCAGAAAAAGCUUUGGUUUGAAUAAGCAUUGGUCUCAGGCUGAAGUUAUUCAAAUAUUCUUUCAAGAUAACCAGAUUAUUAGUUUUAAGAAAAAAAAUCUUCAUUUUACAUUGCAUUAUUUCAUACUUUUAUUUAUACUCUACUCGUGAAUUCUUAUUUAUAAAAAAAUUAUUUAAUGUAUUACGUAUAACUACUAUUUAGUACCAAUUCGUUUUCAUCCAAAUUGAAGUACAUUGAAGCUUCCAACAAUAAGCAAACGCUAAAUGCCUUACGUAGUAAUAAUUAGCUCAAUAAUUAUCCUUCCAUUAAUCGCUUAUAGCUUUGACUUUGACAAUUCAUUAAUAAAUGGACUAAUGAAAUCCUCUGACUCCACACUUGCAGAUUUUAUUGAUUAUCUCUGUAUAAAUGAUAAAUACAGUGUGCUUCGUAUAUGGUUACCAACUAUUUAAACGUAGCUUCAUUACGUCCUCACAUACAACAUCUAAAACUGUGACUCCAUAAAUAUGCAGGAUUUUUCGUCCAAUAAAAAAUCAUGAUUGAUCUAAAUUGUUAUUCAUUUUAUGUAAAGUAGUGCUUCUUAAAAUAGAUAGAUAUAGUAAAAAAGUUCAUGAAAAAGUGGAAUGUAAAUAGGAUUGGAUGUAAGAACGGACGUCGGCGGCAAGAGCGCAGGGUGGUUUCCGAAAAACGCACUACCUAAAUAGGAAAGUCGCAAAGCAAAAUUUUUUUGCUGCUGUGUGCAGAAGUUGAAAUGUGAGAUUGAUGAUCAUUUACUGGGGAGAGUUGGAAGUGUUUGUUAUUUGCAUCAUUAUUUUGCUGUUAUACUGCAAUAAAAUGAAACUAGCUGACAACUUUACUGUUGGUAAUUUAAAAGUAAAUUUUAUUUUGCAUUGAGUUCGUUACCCUACUUUUAUCCAUAGAGAUAAAGGUAUAAAUAUAAAAACUACUGCAAUAAACUAAAAACAUAAAUAUGGAAAAAAAUAUAGUCUAGCAUCACUGAGCCAUGAAAAUAAAUGCUUUUAUAACAUAAAAAUUCAGUAUUAAAUUAUGAAAUUAUAGGUCUUAUUUAUGAUGUCUAUGCCUAAAAUUUUAAGAGAUCAAAAGCUGUGUUAAUAUUUAUUGUUUGUUGGUUUUGUAAUAAAAUGUAUGAAUUUAUAAUUAGAAGAAAGAAUGUAAGUACAUAGCUAGUCAAACAUUUAGUUUAAUGUAUUCUAUUAUCUUGAAUAAUAUAUAAUUUUAGAAUGAAUAUUGUACACUAAUUUUAAUGAUAAGUCCCACUAUGUGUUUCUCAUAUUUUUUAUUGAGUA